UGGACAGCCGCGAAUGGGCCCCUUUACAAUUUUGGGGUUAUAAUUAUAAUUUCGCAAUCACUCGAAAUGUUAUUUAGGAAAUUCAGACAAAUACUUUACAAUAAGUCUAAUUGGAACUAUAAUUUGCAUCAUUUCUUAAUCUCUACACGUUUUACUAAGAAAUGUGUGUCUAUAGACAGCUUUUGGAAGUUAUAUAGGGGUGAUAUCAGGGGUAUGUCUUCGUUUGUAUUGAAUGAAUCGAGUAUUAUGAAGUUGUGGAGUUCAUGGAGGCGGAAUUAUUUCUUGAAUACAGUAGUGAGAAGGUACCGGAGGGAUCGAGGCGUGAGGGAAGUUCUACAAAGGUUCAGGCACACUUGGCUGCGUCCACGGCAAACAUUGCUCCUCUCUGCUACAGCUGCAUACAAAAGUCACAAAGAUGGUAUGCCGCCCAGUUGUGAAAACAAUAUUACAGACGAGGAGAUGCAAGAGCUACUAAAAGAAUUGGAGAAUGUAAAUGAGCUGUCAAAGAAAACUCUGUUCUGUGCUCGUUGCGGUAAAAGACUCGUCAUCGACAAGAAACUGCCUGGUAUUGCUUAUUGCAGUUGUAAAGAACCGCAGCCGGUAGACGACAGCGAGGGGUGGACGCCUUACAUGGAGGCUGAUGACGUCAUCGUGUGGCGGAAGCAGUACAAACCCGGCCAGCCAUACUAUGCCUACAAAGUGUACGGGCGGUACAAAGAGCUGCGCGCGCAGGACUUCGCCGCGGUGCAAGUUGACGGCGCCUACCGGCGCUACUGGGACGCGUCGGUGGCGGCGCUCAGCGUCGUGGAGCGCCGCGCCAACGGGCUCGACGACCAGACCGUGCUGCACUGGGAGGUGCUGUGGCCGCGUCUGUUCGCGAACCGCGAUUACGUGUACAUCCGGCGGCACAAAGAGUUCGACUUAAACCCCCCGAACACCGAGAAGCCGAAGGCGCCGGCGCCACCCGCGGCCUCCGAUAACUCGCGGCCGACUGUGCACGCGCACGCCAAGAGGAAAGCGAUAGAGAUAGAACAGCAGAAAGAGACGGAGAAGGCUGUGCCCGUCAAUAACAAGGUGAUCAUAAUAGCAUCCCGGUCGUGCAAGCACCACAAGGUGCCGGUCACCAAGCACGCCAUCAGGGUGUCCGAGUUCUGGAGCCACAUGACCAUAAAGUCGCUGGACGGCAUCGACAAGCCGGGCAUGGAGUUCGUGCUGACGUACUACGAGGAGCCGGCCGUGGGCGGGAUGCCGAGCGGCGUGACGUCAUGGGUGUCGGGGCGCGCCGCCCCCGCCUUCCUGGAGCGCCAGCGCCGCGCCGCCGCCGACUACCGCGGCUGGAGGGCGCACAGGACUCAUCUGGACCUGCCAGACUACGUGGCGUUUAGCGCGGAGACAGAGGCCAGUCUCGACGCGAACGCGAAAGACACCAUCAGGGAACUGGAUAUGGAGUCGUCGAAGCUGGGCCCCGAGCUGGAGCCGGACAUAAAGACGCACGACCGCGGCACGCAGACCGAGCUCGAGCAGCGCACCACCAUCCUCGCCAAGGUCGACGCCCACGACGCCGGCACCGCGGACAACGUCGCCCGUGAAAAGGAUGAAAUGCCAUCAGAAUCUGAAAUUAAGUUGCCUGUGAGCAAUUUAAAAUCAGACACGCCAAUCAAAGACUAUACAGAAGUAAUUGAGAAAUGUGACGAAGAGAUUAAAAGCAAUAUUGUAAUACCAAAGACAAAUGAUUUAGACGUUAAAAAUGGGAGGGAAAAAUUGCCGAAAAGUGUACAGGAUACACAAAACGUAGACAGAGAUACGCAAGACACCACAGAAUCGAACAACGGACUUAGUACACAAGAUGGCGCGAAAAGCAACAAAACAAAAGAUGACGGUAAAGUAGCACAAAAUGGUGGAGAAGAAAAACAAGAUGGCGACAGUAAAAGGGACGACGAAACAGAUACAGAUGAGGACAACAAUAGCAGCUGGUGGCGGUACUUACAUCCGUUAUAUUACUUUGCGUAGAUGGUUGUUUGAAUAUUGGGUGAUUUCAACGAGCGUUUAGACCGCUGUCGUGGCCUUUCAACAAAAUUCUUUAGGGAGGAACCGACUCUACAAUUCUACUGUUACAUUAUAGACUAGCGACCCGUCUCGGGUAAAAACAUAAUUAUACACCGAAACCUACCUCAGGAAUCGUACUAUCUAUAGUUGAAAAACCGCAUGAAAAUCCGUGCAGUAAGUAGCAACAGUUAUUUUAUAAAUGGCUGAAUGUUUUUAAUUUUGUAUCUAUAAGGUAUGUAUGGCUGUUAACCUUCCAAAUAAGAUAAAAUAAAAAAUAGAAUUACGGUCUUUGAACUUUGGAUGGUAAUGACAGCGGUCGAAACGCUCGCAGGAUCGCCCAUUACGUUGAUAUAUUUAGUAUGUAUUUAGGCAUAAAAUGUCCGGUUGUUAUACAAAAUGUAGUAUGUAUUCUGAAUUCGGUUCAAUAGAUUUUUACCUCUGUAGAAAAUAGUAUAUAUACUAUUUUAUACUCUAAGUAUACCGUACAGUCUGUCUAUAAAGAAUAGAAAAUUGUUGUUUUUUUGGCCGCCUGCUUGACGUCAACCUCUCUCUUUGAGAAUGAGCCUAUCAGCUAUCUAGGCUUUAUGUCACUUAGUCGCCUCGUAUGACAUCCAUGGGAGGAUAUGGAGUGGUCCCAUUCUAGGGCGGAACCACACGCCACACGAUACGAAUUACAUUAUUUUGCCAUUUCAAUACCAAAUGUAACGUUCAAGAUUGGUUGAUAAACCCAGUGUCAAGAGGUCACAGUGCCCCAUUUUAUUUUUUUACUCUUUAUAAACAGACUGUAUAUGCUAAGUAUAUGUAAAUAAGCAAAGUAAUGGAGUAAUUAUCCUGUUAUUGUAUAUAAAAUAUAUAGUCUGUGUAACUAAAUAAUAGUGUCCGAUCGAAUAUUCGGUUUCGGCAAUAAAAUGUAGUAUAGGUUUCAAAAUCAUAGCAUUUGUUACAAAUUACACCUUCAUAAGCAAUUUUUCACGUCAUAUUUUAAUAAUUCGUCCAACGAUUCAAUCGAAACUUUCAAUACAACCAAAGAAACUAUUUCUCGGCAAAGUAAUUUAUUUUUAUAAAGGCAAAAUGUGGGAGUAACCAAUAUGGGUGUCACCACUAUGGAGCGAACACUUGGUUGAUAUUGGUAAAUGAUACCAGAGUGUCCCUUUACAAUAAUCUAUAUAUAUCUUGUGAAGUUACAUCUUAUAUAGUGUAAUAAUAUGUGGCGUAAACAGCACGAACGUGAUUGCUCUGAGAUGACAAAAUAUUUUUGAUGAGUUAUAAUUCAUAUUUCCUUGAAACCAAUCACGUUGGGUCAAUAGGUCUUUGCCUAAUAAGGGUCACCACACAAGAAUUUAAAACCAGCCAAAUGAAUGAAACACUUGACUAAAUGACAAAAAUAAUAAUAGGGUAGGAUAGGGUAGAAUAACACUUUAUUGCACACACACACACACACACAUAAAAACAUUUAUUGACACAAAAUUAACACAAAUAAAACUAGAGUAUGCGUGCUCAGUGUUACGCUGAACAAAAUUCCUAGCAUUGAUUUUCAGUCCUCAUAAAUACAGCUAUUCAGAGUUAAAAAGCAUUCCAAUAACAUUUAUUUUAAUGAGAAUUAAAAAAAUCAAAAUCCCGUAACUAAUAUUUCCCUAUUAAUUUGAUAUUAAAACAUAGUGUUUUUUUUUUUUAUUUAGUAGUCUUAAUUUUUUAUGCAUUUACUUUUUAUAUAAGAACUUUUAUGUGUUAUCAGGCCUUUAUAUAGGCCAUAAAUUGAGACAAUAGAAACGUUAUUCUAUGUAAAAAACUAUAAUAAUUAUAUUUUUUCGGUUCGGUUUCGGCUGAAAAUCCGGUGAAAUUCCGGUCGGACAUUAGCACAAAUUACACAUCUGUAUAUAGUCAUGUAGUUACGCUUAGUCAAUUGUUUAGGUACUGCUCCCGUUGUUAUUGAUUUCUAUGAAAUUGUUUGUAACUAAAUAUACCAAAUAAAAAUAUAGUCCAUUUAC